GAUAACGCUAGGGAGAGGGCGGGGCAAAAGGCUGGACCGCGAAUAAGAGCAGGAAGGUACGACGACUGGAAGGGUCCCCCUCUCAGCCGCGGAAGACAGGCGGAGAAAGCAGUGGGAGGAGGUGUAAAGUCGAAGGCUUAGAGCUUGAAGAGCAACAGCCCGAACUCCAGACCUGCUCCUGGGGCGCGGAGCCGCGGAGUGCAUCUGCGAUGUCGGGCGGAGCCCAGGGCCGGGGCCGCUGCCCGGACUGCGGCUGCGCCGAGCUCGUGGAGGACUCGCACUAUUCGCAGAGCCAGCUAGUGUGUGCUGACUGCGGCUGCGUGGUAUCCGAGGGCCUGCUCACCACCACCUUCGCUGACGAGGGCCACCUCCGAGAAGUGACCUAUUCCAAGAGUACAGGGGAGAAUGAGCGGGUCAGCCGUAGCCAGCAAAGAGGGCUUCGAAGAGUUCGAGAUCUCUGCAGAGUUCUGCAGCUACCAUCAACCUUUGAAGAAACAGCAGUGUCCUACUACCAACGAGCAUUCCAGCACCCCGGCCUCCAUGCCGCUAGACUCCAAAAGAAAGAGGUUUUGGUUGGAUGCUGCGUACUGGUUACCUGCAGACAACAUAAUUGGCCCCUGACCAUGGGCACUAUUUGCACCUUGUUGUAUGCCAACUUGGAACUGUUCUCUGGCACAUACCUACAGAUAGUGAAAGUCCUAGGAUUGGAUGUUCCUGCCUUGAGCUUAGCAGACCUUGUGAAGACUUACUGUAGCAGCUUUAAACUGUUCCAGGCCUCCCCCUCUGUAGCAGUCAAGUUUGUGGAGGACAAAGAGAAGAUGAUCCCCCGAACACUACAGUUGGUGGAGCUGGCAAGUGAGACAUGGCUGGUGACAGGAAGGCACCCUGUGCCUGUGAUAACAGCUGCUGCCUACCUGGCCUGGAGAUCACUGCAGCCUGGGGGCCGCCUGACCUGCUCCCUUUCCCGAUUCUGCAAGUUGGCAGGUGUUGACCUGCCCCAUCCAGCAUACCUCCGAGUUCAGGAGUUGCUGGCUAUACUUCUUCGGAUGGCUGGGCAGCUGGCCUGGCUGAGGAUAUUGAACUUGGAUAAACAAACAGUAGUGAAGCAUAUUGGGGACUUGCUCCAGCACCGGUGCAUUUUACUCCGCCAGGCUUUUCGGGAUGAAGCUGAAGAAGAGGAAGAUGGGCAGCAAGAGGAAGGAGAGGAAGCAGGAAGCAGUACCCUAGAAGUUCUCGAAAGGAAAAGGCCAGCCAGCUCCCCACCCCCUCUGCUACCUCCCUGCAUGCUGAGGCCUCCAAAGCGGCCCUGUCCUACUCCUGCUGAUUCUCGUAUUACUGGAGAUGAGGAUAUAUCUGACAGUGAGAUAGAGCAGUAUUUGCGUACCCCUCGAGAAAUAAAGGACUUCCAAAGAGCACAAGCAGCAAGUCAGGCUGUCUCAGGUGCCCCUACUCCUUCCUGACUAACUUCUUGAGGACUUUGCAUGUGACCUGGGGUAUCUGGUGGGACUUAAACUGUUCACCUCUAGAGUGAUAUAGUGGGAAGAGUGCUGGAUUUAGAAGACCUUAGUUUGAAUUUGGCUGCUUUCUCUUCCUUGCAGUAUGAUCUUGUGCAAGUCAUGUAAUCUUUGUGUAAAAUAAGAGUGCUGGAAUAAAUGAUUUCAUGGCCUUAUCCUGCUGCUGUGAUUUAGCAGUCCUCCAGCAGGGGACCAUUCAAGUCCAGGGUCAUUGUCUACAAUAUGAUGUAAGGAAAAGGGACUGUUUUGUGUGUUUUGACACGGUGUCCUAGAGGAGUGGGAAUGAAUGCAUUGAGUCCAGCAAUAUGUUGGCUGCAUUCCUCUGUCCUUGAUAGCAGGUUGACAAUAGGAAUAGUCUGACCAGGGUAGUAGAGCCCCUUAGUUUUUCCUUGAAAGCAUAGCAUUUCAUCCUGACUACUGUAAACCUUAAAAUUUCUUAGACUUAUAAAUGUUGGAAAUUUCACCAUUGGGAAAUUUCAUACUUGGAAAAUUUCUUAGUGAUAGUCUAUUGGAAUGUGAACCCCAUUGGCAUGGGAGGUUCCUCCUCCUCCCUUCUUAAGAUUACUUUAGGACAGAAACCUUUUGCUGAACAAUGGAAAGGGCUUUGACCUAUGCUUAAGCAUAGAACAGGAAUUUCUUUGAGUCAUGAUUGAUUUUAGAAUUGAUACAAUGGAGAUACUUGGAAUCAAUCUCCACCCUACUCAGUCCUAACAGGAUUUAGGAAGGGCUGUAGCAAAAGAUCAAGAUUUAAUUAUUUGAGAAUAUGACCUUCAACAGACAUGUGCAAAGCCACAGACCUCUGGGCGGUCCUGGGUUAAGCUAGAGCCACCAUUGGCACAGGGAAAAUGAUGGACAGUGAUUGGUAGAUGUGAGAAUUGAGGGGAGGGAACUUGGAUGGUUUCCUUAAAGAUAGAGGGGUCUGAGGACUGGGGGGUGUUUGGAGAGUUUUGGCUCUGAGUGGUUGGAGAGGUGCUCUGAGAAGGCUUGCUCUGAAGGAAGCUGAAGGUGGGGGCCUCUGAGACUGUUUCUCCAUUUUGGUCACGUGAGUAAUAGGGACUGAUCUCCUUUCUUUGCCCCAGCUAUCUAAGGGCUUGGGCCUUUUGGCCCAGCCUAAACAGAGGGGGUAUUUAAGCCCUAUUCCCUUCUCUCCCCUCUCUCUCUCUCUCUCUCUCUCUCUCUCUCUCUCUCUCUCUCUCUAAUUCCUUUCUUCCUCCUGUUUGUAAUUAAACUCUAUAAAAGGC